UUGCUCAAACGAAUGUAUUAGUCUUGAUGCAUGUUGCCUAGUUGUUUAGAUCACAGUAUAACUAUUUUCUAACAAUAAUAUUGUGUUUGUAAUAUAAUCUUGAAAAGUUUAUAGAAACUGUUGUUUAAAAAUGUUUGCCGCAAUUUUUACUUUAGCACUUAUAACAGUACAUGUUGCAGCGGAAGUACCCUCUUACAUUCAUGUGUGCGGACGCAAAGAUCCUAAUAUCGAUGAAUGCAUCUUGCACAACGUCGAAAAUAUAAAGGAUAAAAUCUGUGAAGGAAUACCAGAAUUAGAUAUAGAGUCAAACAAUCCAUUUCGCCUUGAUAAAAUAGUAAUUUUUGAUACACCUGCUGCCCAUAUAUAUUUCAUAGAUGCAAAUGUAUUAGGACUAUGCAAUUUCGUCGUGAACUCUUUUCACAUAGAUAUGAACACGUUGAAGUUUAAUGUUGAUUUAUCAUUCAAGAAACUUCAAAUAAAUGGCACUUAUGAUGUCAAUAUACAUAUAUUGAGUACAAACUUUGCUCAAAAAGCGCCGAUUUAUAUUACUACAGAAAAUGUAGGCGCAAAAGUAGACGCAGAUAUCAGUAUAGUAACUAAAAGUGGCAAACGAUAUGUGUACCUAUCAAAAAUGACAAUAAAUCUCGACAUCAAAGGAUAUGACAUUGCGUUUGAUCCAACGCAAUCAGAACAAUUACAGCAGUUAAGUCAAAUUGUUAGAAAUUUUGUAGGCAAUAAUCAAAAAGAGAUUCUUAACUUUAUUAAGCCGAGUCUGGAAAAGGAGAUCACCAAACGGAUCAUGUCUACUUCCAACGACAUAGUUAAACACUUUACUUACGAGGAGCUCUUCCUUGACCGAACAUAACCGCCAUAAAUAUUUCGACACCAGUGUGUUUGUUGUUAUUUAUAUAAAAUUAUCUAAAUAAUCAUGUAAAUGGAGAAAUGAUUUUAUUUUAUUUUUAUCUAGAUUGUUAAAAUGUAUUUUAUCUUUAUCUUAAAUACAACAAGUUAUUUUUUUUUAAUUAUCUAAAUUAUUUAUAAACAACAACAAGUAAAAAAUAUUAUUUUUACCUUCGACCUCUAAGUUUUUCUAACAGGAAAAGUUUUUUAAAGUGAUAACGACAGAUUACACAAGUUAAAAAAUAGUAGUUCAAUAUAAAAUUUCUUUAAAUUAUAAGAAGUUCAAAAACUUUUAAAAGAAACUUCGCCAUUUACAAUGUAAGUUAUGUAUUUUUUCCAUGUUUUUUCAGCUUUGAUUUUUCUUUACGUAUUAAUCCAAAUCAAACGAGAAACAUUUUUUUGGCAUAUUAAAUUGUUUCAAAACUCUCAUUUUUGAGAAAUAAAAAUAAAUGUAUAAAUAAACGUAUAAAUAUAUUCUUUUUAAAUUUUAAAUUAAUUUGCAUUUUAGUGAUAUUAUUUCAAAAUUAUCUUUAGAAAAGUAUGUAUAAUUUUAUUAUUUGUUUAGGUAAAUUUAAAAUUAAAUCAUCUGUACCUUAUUUAGAAUAUGUUUAUAUAAACUUUAUGUUAUUUUUAUUUAGAUAAUUUUUAAAGUGCAACACUGCCAGACAUAAUAAAUUUAAGAUUAGAAUGAUCAAGAUUAAUUGAUUCUGUGUAUUAAUAUUUACUAAAUAUGUACAUAUCUGUAAUAUCAUAUAAAAUCUAACACAUUUAAUUACGUUUUUCUUAAAAUUUUAAUAAAAUUUGUUAAAGACACUUUUAUCUUAUUAAACGAAAAUGUAUUGGUGAAAUUUUAAUGACAUAAAAAAUAAUAUGGUGAUAUAAAAAAAAAAAAAGA